UAACAAAAGUGAAGUAUAAUUAAAAGGUGAUAAGCGGUGGAGACUGAAUUAAAUGUGUGGGAAGAACUUUACAUAAGAUACCCAACACUCAUCCCACCUCCCCCCGUAUGAGGAGGUGGAUGGCGCAGGCCGUAGCCGCCAUCUUGUUCAGGUCGAGUUUGUUCACGGAGCGGCGGCGGUGGGGGAUUGAGAUUCCCUAUCCUGCUCGGUAUUGACAUCAUGCCGGCCGGACCUGUGCAGGCAUUGCCGCCGCCACCUCAGACCGAAAAUAACCAGGUGCCAGAAGAAACAAAAGAUGAAUCUGCAACAUCCAAACCCAUUGUUGGUAUUAUUUAUCCUCCUCCUGAAGUCAGAAACAUUGUUGACAAGACUGCAAGUUUUGUAGCAAGAAAUGGCCCUGAAUUUGAAGCUCGAAUCCGUCAAAAUGAGAUAAACAACUCCAAGUUUAACUUCUUGAAUCCAAAUGAUCCUUACCAUGCAUAUUACCGACACAAAGUUAAUGAGUUCAAGGAGGGGAAAGGCCAAGAACCUUCAGCUGCUAUACCAAAGGUUAUGCAGCAGCAGCAACAACAACAACAACAGCUGCCACAAAAGGUGCAAGCACAAGUAAUUCAGGAAACAAUUGUCCCAAAGGAACCCCCACCUGAAUUUGAGUUCAUCGCUGAUCCCCCGUCAAUCUCGGCCUUUGAUUUGGAUGUUGUGAAACUAACCGCUCAAUUUGUUGCGAGAAAUGGCCGGCAGUUUUUGACUCAGCUGAUGCAGAAAGAACAACGUAACUAUCAAUUUGACUUCUUGCGACCACAGCACAGUCUGUUCAACUAUUUCACCAAACUUGUGGAGCAGUACACAAAGAUCUUAAUACCUCCAAAGGGAUUGCUUCAGAAAUUGAAGAAAGAAGCAGAAAAUCCUAAAGAAGUUUUAGAUCAGGUGAGGUAUCGAGUUGAAUGGGCCAAAUUUCAGGAGCGUGAGAGGAGGAAAGAAGAGGAAGAACGGGAAAGGGAGAGAGUAGCCUAUGCCCAGAUUGACUGGCAUGACUUUGUGGUGGUGGAAACAGUUGAUUUCCAGCCCAAUGAACAAGGGCACUUCCCUCCACCAACUACCCCAGAAGAACUUGGAGCUCGUAUUUUGAUGCAAGAGAGAUAUGAGAAGUUCGGGGAGAGUGAGGAGGUUGAAAUGGAGGUGGAAUCUGAUGAUGAAGCUGAAGAAACUGAGGAUAAGCCAGAAGAGACUCCAUCACAGUUGGAUCAAGAUACACAAGUACAGGAUAUGGACGAGGGAUCGGAUGAAGAAGAUGAAAGUCAGAAAGCCGCCCCACCACCACCUGAUAAUCCAAUGCCUCCACCACUUCCUCCUACUCCAGACCAGGUUAUCAUUAGGAAGGACUAUGAUCCCAAAGCUUCAAAACCAGUGGCUGGUACACCUGCACCUGAUGAAUAUCUCAUCUCUCCAAUCACUGGGGAAAAGAUUCCUGCCAGCAAAAUGCAAGAGCACAUGCGUAUUGGGCUGCUGGAUCCUCGCUGGUUGGAGCAACGUGAACGUUCUAUCAGAGAAAAGCAGAGUGAAGAUGAAGUAUAUGCCCCAGGUCUGGAUAUUGAAAGUAGUUUGAAGCAGCUGGCUGAGCGACGUACUGACAUCUUUGGUGUGGAAGAAACAGCCAUUGGUAAGAAGAUUGGUGAAGAAGAAAUCCAGAAACCAGAAGAGAAGGUUACUUGGGACGGUCACUCUGGCAGUAUGGCACGAACACAACAAGCUGCACAAGCCAACAUCACACUGCAAGAGCAGAUCGAAGCCAUCCACAAGGCCAAGGGAUUGGUUCCGGAAGAUGACACAAAAGACAAGAUUGGACCCAGCAAACCUGCUGAUUUACCUCCACAACCCCCACCACCUUCAUCUGUAUCAAAUUCUUCUAUGAAUGCUCCACCAAUCACAUCAAUGCCUCGACCACCUUCUAUGCCUCCCCCAGUGCGGAAUGUUAUGUCAUCAAUGCCGGUUCUCCCCAGGCCACCAAUGUCUCCUGUUAUCAGAUUAGCACCUGGACCUGUUCUAACAGCUCCCAUGCCACCUAUGAUCCCUGGACCUCGAAUCAACGUUGUGCCAAUGCCUCCAUCGGCACCACCAGUUUUAACUCCACGCCCACCACCAAUGGUGGUACCAGCAACAUUUGUACCUGCACCUCCAGUGGUUCCUGCCCCAAUUCCUUCUUCACUUCCUCGUCCUCCACCCCCACUAGAUGAUGAACCAGCAGCCAAAAAGAUGAAAAGUGAGGAAAAUCUUAUCCCAGAGGAAGAGUUUCUACGAAGAAACAAGAGUCCAGUUACCGUCAAGAUACAAGUCCCCAACAUGCAAGAUAAAUCGGAAUGGAAACUGAAUGGCCAGAUCCUUAUUUUCACCCUUCCUCUAACAGAUCAGGUAUCUGUUGUCAAGGUGAAAAUCCAUGAGGCUACAGGAAUGCCAGCUGGUAAACAGAAGCUUCAAUAUGAGGGCAUCUUCAUUAAAGAUUCAAACUCUCUGGCCUACUACAACGUGACUAGUGGUUCAGUCAUCCACCUUGCCUUCAAAGAACGAGGAGGUCGAAAGAAGUAGCAUCUGGCUGCAAUUAGAACUAUCUUUUUACAUCUGAAGGAUUGUGAAUUUAACUAUGCGUUCUUAUGGUUCAAAACAUUAUAAAUUAACUUUUUGAACAUGGAGUUCAGACUUGCAGUAUCUUUUAUUUAGAAUGCAACUGUGUGAGUUAUAUUAGAAAAGCUUCUGUGUCCAAGUUAAAGGACAUUUUUCAAAAAAAAGUAAAAGUUCUGUUUCUUUUAUUGCUUGUAAUUCAUUCACUUUGGUAGACGUCUGUAAAAAGGUCUGUGGGGAAAAAAAAGAGAUCCAACAAAAUUUGGUGUUCUGAGGAACUGCAUUCACAAAACCUAUGUUGGUUAAAUUAUCUUUCCAGCUCCUUAUGUGGUUAUUUCAUUAGCUUUCUAUUGAAUCAUUUUAAUAAAAUUGUCAAUUUUUGUGUCUUUGGACUUUAA